AUGGAGUCCAUCGGGGACACGUACGCGGGGCCACUCGAGAGCAGAGCCCUGCAAAGGGUUAUGAGCCCAAACGUUCCCACGAUCCACGGCACGCAGUUGGGGGCGCAAGUGCGCCAGUGUGCCGCCUGCUUCGACUACGUCGUGGGGCCCGCCGUGCAGUGCGACAACUGCGGCGGCAUUGUGCACGCCCACUGCAUGCAGGUGUUCGGCCGGAGCCUGGUUUGCGUGACCUGCAUCGCGGAGCGGGACGCCUUCGUGGCCGCGAGGCGCUCAACCAUGAUCCAGCACCGCGCGCAGCAGUUCGGCCGCGCGUUGGCUUCUGGUGGGCAGCUGGCCGGCCAGGUCGUCGGUGCGACCGCCUUCGGGCUUGGGGCCGGAGUCGCUCGACUUGCCAGCGGAGUGCUGGCCGGCGCGAGGCAGACCAUGGGCGGAGUGGCCGAGAUCCCUGGGCCUGCCCGCCCUCGCGUGCUGCCUGCACUGCAGCCCGCGGAUGGCGCAGCCCCUCUUGGAGGGCAGCAGCUCAGCAUCGACAUGGCCGACAGGAUGGCGGCCAUGGAGGCGGGGCUGGUCAGGCUCCGAGCGGAGAGCGCGCAGUACCGCGAGGAGUUUGGACUUCACCAGUCCGGAGGCGGCGGCUGCGCGACUCCAGGCGCCAGCAGCGCCGCGGGUCAGCCAGCCCCAUCGACUCCGCAUUCGACGAGUGCGGCUGCCGCCGCUGAGGUCGACCAGGAUGGCGUCGAUGGUGCAUCAGCCCUCCUCGCCGCGGCCCUCAGCGAUCCAGGGGGUGCCCAAGCGCCAGCCGACGGCAUCGAGGUUGCUGCGGCGGUCGCGGUAGCGGCCGAGGUGCCCGAGCUUUCUCGGACAGGAGGCAGCAAGGCCUCGAAGUAUGAGGGGUGGUUGCAGACCAGCACCCUCUACUACGCGUCGGUGCGCCCGCGGGUCGAGGCCUGGUGGUGCAACCUGCGCGCUGCGGUGGACGCAUCGCACGACGAGUACCUGCACGUGGGCCCGCUGCAGCGGCCGUGCAUUUGCCCCCAGACGUCGUGGGCAGAGGUCGGGGCACAGAGGCAGGUGGAGUACAAGUAUCGGCCCUACCUGCUCCAGGCCAUGCCCGAGUCCGUCAAGGCCCAGGCGCUCGCCGCCAGGCAGCUGAGCUGCAGUGAGCUCGUUUUCGCCGUUUGCGUCGAGGCGGGCCCUGGCGCCCUCCGGGAUAGAGCUGCCACGUUGAAGGCAGUGGAGCGCCGUGGCAAUCCGGCUGCCCCAGCCCGGGGGGAGGCCGUGGCCCCAGACCCCACCAUCCAAUUCACCACGUUGCGCACGCUGGUGAGCAAGAUGGCGGAGGCCGACGAGGACUUUAAGUUCCGGAUGAGUAAUUGGCAGUUCGUUCAAGGCCUCAGUGGCGCUGCGAGCUGCAGCCAAAGCCAGAUCGACGAGUUCUGGCGCCCCCUGGCCGGCGAGGCCCGCGAGGUCCCCACCGACGGGGCGAGGCAGCAGCAGCGGCGGCAGCAACAGCAGCAGCAGCCGCAGCAUAUUCAGCAGCUUGGCAAGAAGGUGCAGGCGAAGGUCGCGUCGCUGGAGGCGCAAAUUGCCUUCCCCAAAGGGGCGGGCAAGGGCGGCGGUCAGCCAUUGAAGCCAGGCCCGAAAGGCAAGGCUGGCGGGCCGACCAAAGGCAAGAACAAGGGCAAGGACGCGGAGCAGUCGAAGUUCUGCCAGUUCUUCGAGUCCGAUGCUGGCUGCAAGCAGGGCGGCGCAUGCGCGUGGCCUCACCGCGAGCUGCAAGCUAGCGAGGGGAAAUGCUUCAACUGCGGAAGCAAGGGGCGCUCCAAGGGCGCCUGCUCGCGCCCGAAGCGCGAGGCGGCGGCCAAGGCAGCAGAGCGGAUGCUGCUCGCCGACACGGUCGCCGCGCGCGAGCUGCGCUCGAUCCCUGUGGAAGGUGACCCUGGGGUCGAGACGCGGCGCGUCGAUCUGCAGGCGGCGACGGGCAGCGUGGAGGCCAGGAUGGGCGAGGACGACGUGGUGUACGUUGAGUCCGAUGCCCCUCUUCAGCCGCUGUUCUCGCUGGGGAUCUACAUCGAGGAGUGCGGACUCGGGCUCGAGUGGGCGCCCGAGGCUUGCGGGCUGCGGCUGCCAGACCACCGAUGUUUGGAGCUGCGUCGCGCGGGGGGCAGCAUCUUCAUCGAGGGGGGCGAUGCUGAGGUGCUGCAGCGGCUUCGCGCUGCUGUGCGUUUGGCGCGCGGUCGUGCCGUGGUGGCCCAGGCGAUCAGGGCCGCAGCUUCGCUGGCGGAGCUGGCAAAGCAUCGAUCAUACGGGCGUCCCGCAUUGAGUGCCGUGAGUGCAGGCUCGCCGCAGGGCGCGUGCGCUCGCGCUACCGCCUGGGCCCUUCUACCCGGCCAGGUGCUGACGCAGGCCGAGGUCGCGCAGCAGGGCUGCAACGUCGCGGAUGCGAGGGUAGCUGCGGCGGCCGGCGACGCCGCGUCGCUCGCCGAGGUCUGCGCCAGCGUCGCCGACCCCAGCGGCAGCGCUGCUGAUGGCGACGCCCGCGCGGGGGCGGACGUCUCGGAGGCGAAGGUGUGGUACUUCACCGUGCCGCUGGAGCGCAAGACGGCGGAGGAGUGCAUCAGGGGGCUGGACGCUGUGGUGGCGGCGAUCGGACUCGAGUUCCAGGGCCAGGCAGUCUUUCGCAUCCACUCGGACCGUGCCUCGGAGCUCUCGGGGCCACGCGUGCGGGCCCACUUCGCCACGCAGCAGAUCGUGGUCGCCAGUGCGCCAGGCUUCGAGCCCAACAGUAACCCGCGCGCGGAGCGCGGCAUCGGCGUCAUCAAGGGCCGUGCGAGGAAGGGCAAGGAGUGGGGCUUCGAGGUUUCGAGCUCUUUUGUGGUCGACGUCUCGGCCGCGCCCCCGGGCCCCUCGCUGGGCGAUGCCGGGGGCAGCGCCGACCGUGGAGCCGCCGCGGCGCCAGGAUGCCGCCCUGGAGCGCAGGCGGCGGCAGCGACGCUGGCGACAAGAAGGAGCAAGGAGAAGGCGAUUGCGGAGCAGGGGGGCGAUGACUACGACGACGAAGCCCCUUCAGAGUUCCACGACAUCGUGAAGGGCUAUGGCGUGCAGGUCGCGUCGGGGAAGGACUUGGCCAAUGCGUUCGGCGCGGAGCGCGAGGAGUGGAAGAACGCCAUGGCCGCAGAGUUAGCCUCGAUGGAGGAGAAGGGCGUGUUCCACGAGCUCUCGGUUGCGGAGUCCCGAGCCGUGCCAGCGAGCAGAAUCCUUCCCAUGAAGUUGGUGCCUGGGAUCAAGCCUGCCGACGAGGCGGGGUGCCGCCGCGGGAGGGUGCGCGGCGUGGCAUGCGGGAACUUCCAGAAGAAGGACCCGACGGAGGAGCUCUACACUGCCAACGUGGACAUCAGCUCCGUCCGCACCGCGAUCGCUGUUGCGGCCCACCAGGGGUGGGCAAUCGGAGCGAUGGACGUCUCGACGGCGUUUCUCAAUGCCGACCUGCCCGCGAGCAGCGCCGAGGUGAUCUUGCGGCCGCCGGCGCUGUUCGUCAAGUAUGGGCUGGUGAAGCCGGGAGUGUUGUGGCGCGACAAGGACUUGCGCGCCCUUGUGUGUGACUACGGUGGCGAGCCAGUCCGCCUGAAGCAGAGCACCGUCGACCCUGCCGUCUGGGCGAUCGUGCCGGUGGCGGAGCCCCGCGUGGGAAGCGAACGCCGCGCGUUGGGCUACCUCCUGAAUUACGUCGACGAUUUCCUGCUGGCGGGGCCGUCGGCGCUGAUCGCUGCUUUGGAGGGCAGGCUCCAAGCCGUGUGGAAGGGCGCCGCCCAGCCGAUCAUCGGCCCGCUGACGCCUGGGGAGUUGCGGUACUUGUCCCUGGUGAUAGAGGCGCGCGCGGACUGCUACACGGUGCGCCAGAAGGAGUACGUCGAGGACCCUCCGGCGAAGUGGGGCCUCGACAAGGGGAGCUCGGUGGGGGCGAUCUCCAUCGACCCGCUCCCGGGGGGCCAGGGCGAGACGGCGGGCCAUGAGAUUGCUGACGCGCGGCUGGCGCAACGCAUGGCAGGAGGGCUGCUAUGGCUGAGCGGGCGCACCAGGCCAGACGUUGCGUUCGCAGUGAGUCGCCUUGCGUCACAGGCCGCCGCAAACCCUCCGUGGGCGUUGAGGCUGGGUAAACGUAUCCUCCGUUACCUCGCUGGCACUCGUUCCCAUGGCUUGGUGUUCGAGCCGCAGGGCGAGGCCAUGAAGCUCGAGGUCUACGCGGGUGCGAGCUUCGAGCCCGAGGUUAGCCAGACAGGCGUUAGCACGUUUCUCGGGGGCUGUCUUGUGGACUGGAGGUCUUGCAAGCAACCCCAGCCAGCGCGAAGCGCAGCAGAGGCCGAAAUCACCGCGCUGAGCAUGGGUUGCGUCAUGCUCGAGGGCGCCGAGGCUGUCCUCGGGAGCAUGGGAAUCAG